UUUUAAAAAAAGAAAAGAAAAGAAAAAGAAAAACAUAAAAACUGAUGUGAAGGUAUGAUUCUGCUAAGUGGCACUGGAAGAUAGGCAUGGGGAGAAAAGCCUGGCAAACGGGCCCAGAAUGAACCCCAAGGGUGUUCUUCCUCCAUUUCCCCAUCCCCACUCUCCCGGAUGCUUAGAUCCCAGAUGAGGUUGUCUGCAUCCCUGAAGGUGGACUGGCUGUGUUGUUCAAGAAAGAUGAUGGUCAACUGUACUGUGAAGGUCAGGACCUGGAAUUCCUCAUGUGCUGCUCCGAGAUGUGGCCCAGUCUUCCAAGCGUGUGGCUGGUCUAAAGAAGCCUAAGGGAUGCACUAACUCCACAGGCUGUGGCCAGAGCAGGCACACUUAGGGUGGGCGUAGAACAGGGAUUUGUAGCUGGGACAGGCCCAUGAAGCGACUUCAGAUGAAUGCACAAUAUUUUGUGUACAGAUAAGAACAUUUUCCUGGACAGAUUUUAUCAGAUUUUAAAGGUUAAGAAGCCGUGUUGAUCCUAGGGCUCCUGGACUCCUUAGACAAGAGAACCGAGGAGAAGUGGGGAAAGAGCUCAAGUGCUUAACGGAGGGAAAAUGUGGCGGGCUUGCGGUGGGUGGUUUCAUGGGGACUACAACUCCCAGCGAUCCAUGCGGUACAGCCAGAGCUUAUUGGCCAGUGGAAUGAACCCUCUCCUAAUGUGCACAUUCAAAAACCAAUAGACGGGGCCAUCUAGGAGAUUGCCUAUCCCAUCAGAGGACCACUCACCUAUCAGAGGACAGAUAUCACCGCCCACCUAUCAGAGGACUGAGGGCCGGUGCUUCCGGUGACUGACCAGAGCUGCUUAUCUGCGGCGGCGUGAGGUUGGGCGGCCACAGGGACACUGGUGUUUUUGUGAGGCAGUGAGAGCUAAGGUAACCUUUAUCAAAAGGAUGGAGCUGGGAAAAGGAAAACUACUCAGGACUGGACUGAACGCAUUGCAUCAAGCAGUGCACCUGAUCCAUGGCCUUGCCUGGACUGAUGGGAAUCAAGUUGUCCUAACUAAUUUACAGCUUCACAAUGGAGAGGUCAAGUUUGGGGACUCCAAAGUCAUUGGACAAUUUGAAUGUGUCUGUGGGUUGUCCUGGGCCCCACCCGUUGCAGAUGACACACCUGUUCUACUCGCGGUCCAGCAGGAGAAGCGUGUCACUGUGUGGCAGCUGUGUCCCAGCCCUACGGAGUCAAGCAGAUGGCUGACGUCUCAGACUUGUGAGAUUAGAGGAUCACUACCUAUCCUUCCCCAGGGCUGUGUGUGGCACCCAAAAUGUGCUAUUCUGACUGUGUUGACUGCUCAGGAUGUCUCCAUUUUCCCUAAUGUGCACUCUGACAAUUCCCAGGUAAAGGCAGAUAUCAACACCCAGGACCGCAUUCACUGUGCAUGUUGGACCCAGGAUGGCCUGAGGCUGGUGGUGGCAGUAGGCAGCAGCCUGCAUUCUUAUAUUUGGGACAGUGCUCAGAAGACUCUUCACAGGUGCUCCUCCUGCCUGGUGUUUGAUGUGGACAGCCACGUCUGCUCCAUCACGGCAACUGUGGACUCACAGGUUGCUAUAGCCACUGAGCUUCCACUGGAUAAGAUCUGUGGCUUAAAUGCAUCUGAAACCUUUAAUGUCCCACCCAACAGUAAAGACACGACUCUGUAUGCUUUACCAGUUAUUGGUGAAGUACCCUCUAUUGAUAAAGAGGCAACUGAUUCUGAAAAAGAUUCUGAAGUAUCAGUUUCUUCUUCCUAUUUAGAACCUCUGGAUCUAACUCACAUACAUUUCAGUCAACAUAAGUCUGAGGGUAAUUCUCUUAUUUGUCUAAGAAAAAAGGACUACUUGACAGGAACUGGCCAAGAUUCUUCACAUUUGGUUCUUGUGACUUUUAAGAAAGCAGUUACCAUGACAAGAAAAGUCACUAUUCCAGGCAUUCUGGUUCCUGAUCUGAUAGCAUUUAAUCUUAAAGCACAUGUAGUGGCAGUGGCUUCCAACACUUGUAAUAUAAUUUUGAUCUACUCUCUCAUUCCAUCUUCAGUCCCAAACAUCCAGCAAAUUCGAUUAGAGAACACUGAAAGACCAAAAGGGAUAUGUUUCUUGACAGACAAACUAUUACUAAUUUUGGUAGGAAAACAAAAACUCACUGAUACAACGUUUCUUCCUUCUUCAAAGUCUGAUCAGUAUGCGAUUAGCUUGAUUGUUAGAGAAGUAAUGUUGGAAGAAGAACCUUCAAUAACAUCAAGUGAAAGCCAUACUACCUACUCUACUUUCAGUGCUCCAUUAAAUAAAGCAAAUAGAAAAAAGUUAAUUGAAAGUCUUUCCCCAGAUUUUUGUCACCAAAACAAAGGGCUGUUGCUGACAGCUAAUACCAGUAGUCAGACUGGAAGGCCUGGAAGAACACUUAUUAAAGAAAUCCAGAGUCCUCUGUCUAGUAUCUGUGAUGACUCCAUAGCCCUAGAUGCUGAGCCUGUUACCCAGCCAGCAUCGCUGCCCAGACACAGCAGCACACCAGACCACACCAGCACACUGGAGCCUCCUCAUUUGCCUCAAAGAAAGAGCUUACAAAGUGAAAAGGAAACUUACAAGCUGUCUAAGGAAGUGGAAAUUUUAUCUAGGAACCUGGUUGAAAUGCAGCGUUGUUUUUCUGAACUCACAAACUGUCUGCAUAAUGGGAGGAAAUCCUCUUCAGUGUAUCCACUCUCUCAAGAUCUUCCUUACGUUCACAUCAUUUACCAGAUUGUCACUGGAUUCUUCUCACUGCUGAUAAUGAGGGCUUUAUCCCGUUAACCUUCACAGCCACACAGGAAAUAAUCAUAAGAGAUGGCAGCCUGUCCAGGUCAGAUGUCUUCAGAGACUCUUUUUCCCGCAGUCCAGAUUCUGUUUCUUCUCUUAAAGUCUUUACAGGCCUUGCUGCCCCCAGUUUAGAUACCACUGGCUGUUCUAACCAUGUAGAUGGCAUGGCCUGAUAUCUGCAGUGUCCUUGCUGUGUAGUUCUUCAGAUGAGACCAUUACAAACAAGGCCUGCUUGCCACUGUGGACACUCACCAAUGAGACUCGCACUGCACUCAGGCGAAGCACUUGCUAUGGUUGGCUCUCCUGGUUUCCCCCCGUUUCCCCUGGGCUGAGGCUCGCUGCUGUGUAGCAGAGCUCAGUCUUUAUUAGAUGGCUCCGAAAGUGGUGUUUAUGUAUUCAUGACUGUGUGGUUUUGACUAAGGGCAGAAUUCCCAGAACAAAACAAUAUUAUGGUGCCAUAUGGAUUGUUUUAUGGUUUCUCUGAGACUUUGUGUCCCUUGUCCAAAGCUGCAUUGAAGCUGUCUUAGGCGCACUUCAAAGAUACCUCGGCAUUGUUAUAGGUCUUUUUCCGGGCUUCAAGAGGAGGGUGAGGAGUCAGCUGGGGGGCAUGUGCUCUAGCAUAUUAACCUCAAACCAGCAAGAAUUAGCAGAGCUCAAAGGAGGACCAGAAACCCACUGGCUUCCGCUCCCAGGAACAGGAAGUGGCUCUGAUGUUGCCUGGACCUCCCAGAAUUUAAACCUAACACUCUUGCUUCCUUAACAAAUUCUGGCUGACAAAGGUCCAGGUACUCUUAAAAACUGACCCUGGGAAAAUUUUGAAUGAAAUUUCAAGGGAAUUUGUCCCCUCUGGGCUCCACUGAGAUUGUGCCGGUGCUGCUAGCACACUGUCGAGCCCAGGGAAGUCCUACUGCAGGAUCCUGUGCUGUGGCCACUCAUGAGUGUCCCUGAAAUACCUUUUUUUUUUUUUUUUUUAAAUCUAGUUUUGGGAUCAUACAAGUUUCCUGUUUUUCUCCCAGUAGUCAGCUCCCUUAGUCAACUUGUCACUUUAAUUUGGUAUUUUUAUUUUCUCUCCUUUCAAAUCUUAGAGACCAGCAGAGAAUCUGGGAGAGAAAGUAUUUCAGGAUGUUGGAAAUUUAACUGAAUCUGAGGUAGUUCUAAAAAGUGCCAUUUUGCUUCAUUUAUGGGCUAAAGUAUCAGCUUAGUCAGGUAAGAGCCCUGACCCCCUUCAGAUGGACACACUACUUCUGACUGCCUUCAGAUGGAAUCACAGAUUUCAGUCAGGGCAGCAUAACAAAUUGAUCAGUGUAUGGCUGGGCGUCUGCAGAUAAAUUGUUUCAGCUGUAGAAGCUCCAUUAGCAUAUACGCUUCCUUUUUCCCCCUUCCUUUAAAAUCAUCUGGAAAGAAACUGUUUUGUGCCCUUGGGGACUCCUGUCUGUCUGUUUCAGUUUACCAAGAUGGAGCUGGGUUAGGAAAGAAGUGAGGGCCCAUUUUGUGGUUCAAGUGCACUAGACAGCUGCUGGGGUAAUGGAAGCAGAGGCGAUGUCUGUAAUCAGCUGUGGGAGAGCGGUGACUGAGAACAGUCUGAGGUCUCCGCUUGGAAGUAUCUGGGGUGUGAUGAAAUCACAAUUAUCUUGAAGCCUAAGAGGGGACUACAGGACUGUUAACUAAGAUAAUGUAGGCGCCUAAAAGGGUAUGUUACAAUCACCAUUUCUCAGGUCAAAAUACUGUGAAUAAGUCUUCAAUAAAAUCACUAAUGGUUAUUGUGGC